UUCAUUUCUUUACUCAUUUUGCUAAUAAGACAUCAGGUGCAACAAUGUUCAGGUGCUCUGUUCUGCUCUGCUUGUCCGUGAUCCUGUACAGCACCAGAGCAAGCCCAUAUAAAACAUGGGGAGAUGAAAAACAUAAAGCAGCUCAAGAUACAAGGUCUCAUGAUUUUAAUGAGAAAAUCAUACUGGGACUUAAAGAAGUUGAACCUGUCGAGCAGCAGGAUUUGGAAGAGAUCAACAUUGAUCCUCACAUGGCCAUAUGGAAAGCCAUGAAACAGUUUCGCCAGCAGAAAUACAAUAAGCCUGAAGAAGACAAAGACAAGUUUUACCACCCAUCUAAGGUUCAGCACCUACCUGGAAGCGAGCAGGUUGGAGCUUUCCAUGAAACUCAAUCUUACAUUCAGGGCCAGCUCUAUCAAGAAGCUGAGAAGGACCUGGAUGAUGUUCACCAUAACAUACAGGGACUAGUGAACUAUGCGGACCUCAGUGAGAAAGUGCCUGACAAGACUGAAGUGGUGGGACUACAUAAAGCAAGUGUGUAUAUGACCCCAGAGGAAGACAAAGAUGGCCUAUAUCAUGGAGUUUUAACAGACCAAGUAUUUCACGUUCCAGUCAUUCGAGGAGAUCUUUCCAAGAAAGUUUAUACAGAACCUGAAGAGGACAAAGAUCAGAUCUUUCACAGCUAAACAAGAAUAAUGCCGAUAAAAUGGUAAAGUAAUGCUCAGAAAGCGUUAAACUGCAUAAAGGUUUUACAUUUAUAAUAAUUUAAUAGAAAUAAAUUAGAUGCAGGUCUUAUUCUAAUCAAUGAAUAUAGCAGUAAAUGAUCUGUUAUUGAUCAGAAGAUUGUGAGUUUCAUUCUCAGGACUGCCAGAACCUUACGUAAAGCAUAGAAACCUGAACCUGGAUUGUAUGAGGUCUCAAUUCUGCAUUGCACUGGAUAGAAGUGACAACCAAAUUAAUAAAUAAAAACUAAUUAUAAGCAGA